AUGUCAAACUGUAUCUUCUGCAAAAUCAUCAAAGGCGAGAUUCCUUCGUUCAAGCUCUUUGAAACUGAAAAGACUUACUCAUUCUUGGACAUCCAGCCAACGUCUGAGGGCCAUGCGCUCGUCAUUCCAAAGGAACAUGGUGCAAAGCUUCACAACUUGUCGGAUGAGUCGCUUGCAGAUCUUCUGCCUGUUGCUAAGAAAGUUGCCAACUUGCUGGAGUUGAACAACGACGACCCGGAGUCGUCAGUUGGCUACAACAUCCUACAGAAUAACGGCAGAAUUGCUCACCAGGAGGUUGACCACGUUCACUUCCACGUUAUUCCAAAGAAGGAUGAAAAGACUGGGCUGAUUGUCGGCUGGCCAGCAAAGGAGGCCGAUUUCGAACAACUGGGUAAGCUACACGAGAAGUUGAAGGCCAAGAUUGAAAAAGGAGAAUACUGA